GUGCAGGAGCCGCGGUCCCGCCCGGGAGCCGCAGCGGCAGCGGCAGGGCCGGGGGGGCCCGACCGGGGCUGCGCCCGCGCGGGGACCGCCAGCGCCACUGCCACAGGCCCGGCUCGGCGCGGCGCCGACCACCGCGCCUGCAUGAGGUUGAUGCUGCUGUGCUGCACCUGGAGGGACGAGCCUAUGGGAGAGGACGAAGGGACCGACCUGCCAGUGUGUGCGAGCUGCGGGCAGGGCAUCUACGAUGGGCAGUACCUGCAGGCUCUGAAGGCUGACUGGCACGCCGACUGCUUCAGGUGCUGUGAGUGUGGGGCCUCCCUGUCCCAUCAGUACUAUGAGAAGGAUGGGCGUCUGUACUGCAAGAAGGAUUACUGGGCACACUUUGGGGAGCUGUGCCACGGCUGCUCUGAGCAGAUCAACAAGGGACUGGUCAUGGUGGCUGGGGAACAGAAGUACCACCCCGAGUGCUUCAGCUGCCUCAACUGCCGCACGUUCAUUGGGGACGGGGACACCUACGCACUGGUGGAGCGCUCCAAGCUCUACUGUGGCCACUGCUACUACCAGAUGGUGGUGACACCGGUGAUCGAGCAGAUCCUGCCGGACUCACCCGCCUCCCGCAUCCCUCACACCGUCACCCUCGUGUCCAUCCCCGCCUGCUCUGACGGCAAGCGUGGCUUCUCCGUCUCCAUCGACCAGGGCUGCGGCACCGAGCACCCCCGCACCGUGCGCGUCCGAGAGGUGGACCCGGACUGCAUCAGCCCUGACAUGAAGAACUCCAUCCAUGUUGGUGACCGCAUCCUGGAGAUCAACGGGACCCCCAUCGGCCACGUCCCCCUGGAUGAGAUUGACCUGCUGAUCCAGGAGACGAGCCGCUUGCUGCAGCUGACCAUCGAGCAUGACCCUCAUGAGCCCGUGGGCCGGGAGCCAGGGCUGGCGGGCAGCCCACUGCCCGCCCCAUGCAGCCCCCUGUGCUUGCCAGCCCCCGCACCCUGCGGGGACCCUGCUGCUAUGCGCCAGCGCGCUGUCACGAGGAGCUGCAGCACGGACAAGUCCCCAGGCUCGGGGUCCGUGGGCUCUCCCGCGUCCCAGCGCAAGGACAUCGGGCGCUCCGAGUCCCUGCGCAUCGUGUCCCGUGCCCACCGCAUCUUCCGGCCCUCUGACCUCAUCCACGGAGAGGUGCUGGGCAAGGGCUGCUUCGGCCAGGCCAUCAAGGUGACACAUCGGGAGACGGGCGAGGUGAUGGUCAUGAAGGAGCUAAUCCGCUUCGACGAGGAGACGCAGAGGACCUUCCUCAAAGAGGUGAAGGUGAUGCGCUGCCUGGAACACCCCAAUGUGCUCAAGUUCAUCGGGGUGCUCUACAAGGAGAAGAGGCUCAACUUCAUCACAGAGUACAUCAAAGGGGGCACCUUGAGGAGCCUCAUUAAGAGCAUGGACAGUCACUACCCCUGGAGCCAGCGGGUCAGCUUUGCCAAGGACAUCGCUGCUGGCAUGGCCUACCUCCACUCCAUGAACAUCAUCCACCGUGACCUCAACUCUCACAACUGCCUCGUGCGGGAGAACAAGAGCGUGGUGGUGGCUGACUUUGGGCUGGCACGGCUGAUGGUGGACGAGAAGAACCAACCCGAACAUCUCAAGAACCUGAAGAAACCGGACCGCAAGAAGCGCUACACGGUGGUGGGGAACCCCUACUGGAUGGCCCCCGAGAUGAUCAAUGGGAGGAGCUACGAUGAGAAGGUGGACAUCUUCUCCUUCGGCAUUGUCCUGUGUGAGGCCAUCCUUCGCCAAGCUGGAGCAGUGGCUGGAGACGCUGCGCAUGCACCUGGAGAUCCACCUGCCGCUGAGCUCCCAGCUGGAGCAGCUGGACCGAGCCUUCGGGGAGACGCACCGGCGGGAGGGGGGGCUGCCCGUGCCCCCGCGGUAGAGCCUCCACCCACACCCCUCUGCAGCCACGGGAGAAGGAGCUGUGCCUCCUGCCAGCUGCUCCUGUGGCUGCCCCACCCCGGGGCUGGAUCCCCGGGCCCCUGGACGCGCCCCCACCCUGCUGCCCACCCCGGGGAGCCGGCUCUCCCCGGGGCCGCAUGGCCCUGGGCACCCCGCACGCCGUAGCUCUGACCGCCAGGACCAGCCCGGCCGGCCGCACCGCGGGGACCGUCCCACGUCCCCGUGUCCCCCACCCGGCUCACCUCCCCUUUGCACAGCGGGGCUGCCCCCGCCCGAGCCCCCGGGCUGCCCCGGACAGAGCCGCAGCCUCGCGGCGGUGCCUUGGCUUUCCGUGAACUUGCACUGCGACACGGGAGGGACCCCGCGGCCCCCCAGGGCACCCUCGUAGCAACGCCCCUGCCCUCGGCCGGCCCCUGAGGCUGCUCCCACCGGCACCCCUGGCUUGAGGGGCUGCCAGCACCCCGGCCGAGCGAGGGCUCGUGGAGGACCGUGGCGUGGGGACAGGAACGUAAUGGUCCCUGCUGCCCCCACGACACUACUGCCCGUGCUGAGCCCUGACCACGUAGCUCCGGGGAUGGCACCAGGUGCUCCAGAGGGACGUGGGGACGUGGCUCAUCUCGGUCUCCCUGGCCUGGGGGGCCCAAGGGGUUGCGCCACGCGGUGCUUUUCAUGCUCUUUAUUCAGGUUCAUUUUUCUGUAAGAUAUUUAAAGAGAAGAGUUUGUAUUAUUUUUUCAUACAACGUAGCGUUUGCCAUUUGUCACUGCCUCGGUUCUGCUUUCCCGAAGGGAUCAAACUGUGAAGCCUCUCCGUGCACUUUUGCCCGGGAAGUCCAAGGCGAUGUCCUCUGCGGAGGUGGGAAGGGAGCUCAAACUGUGAUGUACCCCGAGCUGUGAGUCAAUAAAUCCUUCCCCGCUCGCUGCCCGGCCUGUUG